AUGACUCUCUUAAGGGCCCCUGGUCCUGAGGGCGGAAUGGUGCUGGGCCCCCCCCCAUCGGGUCCCGCCGACUUGCCCCCCCGCUGUAGCUGCCCUGUUUGUCCGUGCGCUUUCACGCGAGCAUCCAGCCUAACCACCCACAUAUGGAAGAAACACCCAGCAGAAUGGAAUGACAUUAAGAAAAGGCGCGACGCCUCACGUCGCUCAAACGUCCGCACCUACGCUCGAUGGACGAGAGAGGAGUUGGAGCGUAUGGCUGCGAUAGAGCACGAGGCGUUGUCCAAAGGCGUGCAACAUGAACUCGUACUUAACUCCCUUUUGGCACGCACUAGGGAUCAGAUCAGCUGCAGGCGGAAGAAGGACGACUACAAAGCCAUCCUGAAGUCGCUUGAAAGCGAAGCCCAAUGUCCCGGCCCGGACGGUAGCCGGGCUCGAGUGGUUCCCGACAGCCCCAGGAACGACCACCCAACCAGCGGAGACCUCAAAAGCCCCAAAGGAAGGACUGGUCGCAAAUGGUCAGCUGAAGAGAUCAAAGUCCUCCAGCAGGCGCCACGCGAUGUCCCGGACGCCGAACUGGUCCCUCUCCUUCCUGGCCGUACUGUCCAGGCCAUCCGAUCUAGAAAGGCGGCGUCUCGUCGCCCAAAGGGCCAGACCGGUCGGACCUGCGGCCCAGGCCCGACGGACGAGGAGCAGGUCACGGCCGAGCCCCAGCCGUACGAGCGAUCUAUGACAGAAUCCGAACAGGGAAUAUCCGACUAUUUAUACGGCAUUCUUCCUAACAUCCCCGACCCCGUGGUUCGGGAAAAGGCCAAACAGGCCAUCGGUGACCCCAACGGUUUCUCCAAACUAUAUAAUGAGUUCUUCCCGAAGAACAGGACCGUUAGCAGGCGGGCGAUGCCGGCGGUGAAGGUGGGAGUGAAGAGGAGGCGCGCCCAGCGUGCCAUAAUCUAUAACUUCCUCCAGAACCUCCAUAAGCGUAGUCCGAAGUCUGUAGCCGAACGGGUCCUCGACAGCGACCUCUCCUACGAGGGACUUGUUGCCGAACGGGCCUUCUCCGACGAGGACUUUCUGCGCAAAUGGAAGCCGGUAUUCGAACGACCCUGCUAUGCGGACCUGGCCGGAGACCAUCCCGGCCCGCCGUUGAACGAACUAGCUGCGCCCAUCAAGGUGGCCGAUGUCGCUGCCGUGAUUGCAUCUCUAAAAGAAUCGUCCCCAGGACCUGAUGGCCUCCGCCUUAACAUCUUGCGGGGGAUACCCGUAGAGGUCAUCACCUUUCUGUAUAAUCUGCUACUGCUUAAAGGACCGCCGCCCACCAGGGGCAAAGCUGGCAACAUCUUCACCUCCCGGGUGACUUUCAUCAAGAAGGUGGAGGUGCCUGGCGAUGCCCUUGAAUUCCGUCCCAUCGCCAUCGGGAAUUACUUUGUGCGAAUAUUUCAUCAGGUGCUUGCGAGUCGGUUUGAGGCAGCCUUACCUAAUCAUCGAGACCAGGUCGGGUUUAAACGUCUCGAUGGGGUUGCCCACAAUGUCCUCAAGUUAAAUGCGGCACUAAAUGCGGCCCGGAGCAAACAUGAGAACUUAGUUGUCGCAUCGGUGGACAUCCGCAAGGCAUUCGAUUCGAUAUCGCACGAAGCGAUACUGGGCAUACUCCAACGGAAGGGGGUCCCCGACCUCCUUAUGGGGUAUCUGCGAACCUAUUUCAGCACGAGCAGACUACAGAUUGGAAAAGACUUGAUCCACCCGAAACAUCGUGGGGUUAAGCAGGGGGACCCUAUGUCCCCCUGGCUAUUCAACCUAGCCCUGGAUCAGAUACUUGAGGGACAGGAGGAGUACGCCAUUACCAUCGGCGCGAUAGUACUCAAUCAGAUGGCGUAUGCUGAUGAUCUAAUACUAUUCGCCAGCUCCCAGGAAGAAAUGCAAAAACGGAUCGAGCGACUGACUAUCGGCCUCGGCCGCCUUGGACUUGAGCUUAACGCCCGAAAAUGCUGUGUGCUCUCCAUUCGCGGGGAUAAGAAGAGGAAAUUUAGCUUUGUUGAUACGGAUGUGUCGAUAUCCGUCGAUGGUACCCGUCUACCAGUUGUGACUGCCGUGUCCGAAUUUCGGUACCUCGGGUCCAGUUCAAUUGGAAGGGCGUGGCCCCUAACAUUCGGCCGACUACAUAAGGGCGAGCUCGUCAAAGGGGACAAAGCAGUUCGUCGGGUCGUCCGCAGGUGGCUCCGGCUACCGGCGGAUUGUCCCAAUUCCGCAAUACACACUCCCGCGAGAUUCGGCGGUUUGGGGGUGAACUCUCUAGAAACCUUAUACUCGACAUUAAAAGAAAGCCGCCUAACCCAGUUGUCGUAUGGUGAUGAGGAAGAUGCCGCGAUAGCAUCUAAUCCCGCCGUGCGAGGUCUGAUGUCCUACAAAUUCAGAGGAUCUGUAAUGUCAUCCCGAGAGGGUCUGGUCGAAGAUCUCCACAGGAGAUUGGACACCAGGGGCCUACAGGGGUAUGAGAAGGUACCAGCUGUCAACAGCUGGCUGGACCAUGCCCCCACCAACUUGGCCGGACACGAUUUCCAGGAGGCCAUUAGGGUGCGCCUAGGCUGUAUGGGCACGCCAUCCCGGCUCAGCCGGGGUGGUCGUUCUGUCGAUACCAUCUGCAAAUGCGGGAGCAAUGCUCGUAUGAGCCUGCCCCACAUAGCCCAAGCCUGCAGCAUCGUUAGCGGUCUCCGGAUAAAACGCCACAACAACGUCGUCCUAUACGUGGCACAGAUCCUGAAAGAAAAGAAAUACGACGUAAUCAUGGAACCUAGGCUUCAGACUGAGCGCGGCCUCCGUAAGCCCGACCUUGUGAUCCUGGCCAAGAAGGAAAUAAUUGUCCUGGAUGUACAGAUACGACCUGACUCUGUCGUAUGCACUCUGGAUGCAUGCAACAGGGAAAAAGAUCGCGAAGUACAAUCAGCCGUACGUUCUUGA